AUGUCAUGUCAUAAGGAUUUAUGUUUGAUAUUCACAAUCAUAUCAAUAGUUUGGUCAUCACUUUGGACGCACACUAUUCAAGUGAUAGCCAUUGAAAGACAUGGACCUUAUUUUACUCGUGAACCCAACCAUACAAUUGACUUCUCGAACAGUACCGGAGCUGUUCUCUACUGUACGGCUAAUGGAAAUCCGAUGCCAACCAUUAAAUGGGAGACUAAAGACGGGAUUGUCGUCAAUGAAAUACCCGGUAUUCGUCACAUAAGACACGAUAAUUCUCUGGUAUUCCCGCCCUUUAGAGCUGAAGAUUACCGACAAGACAUUCACUCAAAUGUCUACCAAUGCGUUGCCACCAAUUCAGUCGGUACUAUAAGAAGUCGUUAUAUCCAAGUGAGGGCCGUGGUUCAGCAACACUACGUGGUAGAGGUUUAUGAUGAUUUUGUGACAGUUGGAAACACUGCAGUAUUUCGGUGUCAUAUUCCCGGAUUUAUUAAAGAUUUUGUUGAUGUUGUCUCUUGGAUUCAGGACUCGACAACACUCAUUCAGGCCAAUGAUCCUCCCGGCGAUCGCUUCUCAGUGUUUGCUUCGGGAGAGCUUCAUAUCCGUCGCGUCCAACAAAGCGAUGCCUUAAAGACUUUUCGCUGUCAAGUGAGGCACCGAUUGACCGGAGAAACACUCAUUAGCUCAUCGGUCGGUCGCCUCUAUGUCACCGAGGCAUUUAGUAAUCAACCGCCGAGAAUAACUGAUAGUAAACCAGUGGUUACAGUCAGGGAAGGCAAGGAUGUGGAGUUGGCUUGUGCUGCACAGGGAUAUCCAGUUCCCACAUACGUUUGGACAAGAAAUUUACAGCCAAUCCGACAAUUGGCCUUUAAUAGGAUCCGUCAAAUGGAUGGCUCGUUGAAGAUAAGCCAAGUGCUACAGUCCGACGCCGGUGUUUACCGAUGUGCUGUUAAUAAUAGUGUCGGAUCUGAAAUGAUGGAAACACAGCUAAUAGUGACCGCUCCACUAUCAGCUGAGCUAAAUCCACGGGUGGACAGAGUAGACGUCGGUAAGAGUACUCAACUUAACUGCACUGCAACGGGAACUCCUGUAGCUUCACUUCAAUGGUUACACAAUGGACAGCCUAUUGUGAUAAACUCGAGGAUCAGAUUACUGGCCAGAGAUGUGCUCCACAUUUCAAGCGUUGAACGACGAGACAAAGGGAUGUAUCAGUGCUUAACUCACAAUGAUUUUGAUUCAGUACAGACAUCGGCACAAAUCGAUUUGGGAGACGAUGCACCAGUAUUUUUGUCGACAUUUUCUGAACAAACUCUACAACCGGGACAAUCACUAUCGUUAAAGUGUGUUGCAUCAGGAAAUCCAAUACCACAGGUCACGUGGCAAUUAUAUGAUGGCAUACCAGUGCCCGACAAUUCCCGGUACAGAACCGGUGAUUACGUGACUCGCGAGGGUUUACUUGUAAGUUAUGUAAAUAUCUCGAGUACAGCAUCAGAGGAUGGCGGAUUAUAUACGUGUUCGGCGGCCAAUGACGUGACCAGUGUUUCACAUACCGCUAGGAUUAACAUCUACGGGAAGCCAAGCAUUAGACCGAUGCCUAAUAAGACGGCUGUGGCCGGAGAGAGGAUGUCAUUGACGUGUCCUACUGGAGGAUAUCCUAUUGAUCUCAUUAUUUGGGAAAGAGAAGGUGUACGUCUGCCAUACAAUCACCGGCAAAAGGUGUUCCCAAACGGCACUCUAACAGUUGUAGAUCUCGAAAGAGCCACCGAUGAGGGCAGAUAUACUUGUAUUGCUCGACAAACAAAAGAGUCGAAGUCAGCUCAGGGAAGUCUAACGGUUCAAGUAUUGGUACGGCCAGUCAUUGAACCGUUUGUUUUUCCCAAAUCCUUACAUCAAUCACAACGAUAUAAUUUGUUGUGUACUGUUGUCAAAGGCGAUCAACCAAUUCAGAUUGAAUGGUUUAAAGAUGGUCACAAACUAACCAAUGGAUAUUUACUUAAAACUAAUUUAAUUCACGUAACGGAGUACUCAUUGAAUAUGGCAUUUGAGUCGGUACAACCAGACCACAGGGGCAAUUAUACAUGUGUGGCCUCAAACGCAGCUGGAAGUAGCAGUCAUAGUGCCUCAAUGGUUAUACACGUUCCUCCGCGUUGGAGAAUAGAGCCCAUCGACACGUCAGUUGUAAAGGGAAGGAAUGCUAUUAUUGAUUGCGAUACCGAUGCUUAUCCUCCGCCGACCAUUAGUUGGUCCAGAGCUGAUGGAUUACUGAGAGAGUCUCCCAAUGAGUUUAAGGCGAUUACAUCCAAUUCCCACUUGCGUCCAUAUGAAAAUGGAUCACUGGCUAUACAUAACGCACAAAAGGCCGAUACCGGAUACUACAUGUGCGCGGCCACCAAUGGUAUUGGUCCCGGACUCAGCAAAGUCAUCAAACUUACUGUCAAUGUUGCCGCACAUUUUGAGACAAAAUUUAGAGCCGAAACCGUUAGAAAAGGACUGGAAGCCAGAAUCAAAUGUGAAGCUAUUGGCGAUAAACCGAUAACUAUUUCAUGGAUGAAAGAUAAGAUAACAUUUAAUCCAAGAGAUGAUCCUCGUUAUGAACUUCUUGAGGUAAUAGUCAACGACGGCRUCAAAUCGGAAAUAGUUAUCCGAAACGCUGACCGACGAGACAGCGCUCUAUUCAGUUGUGUCACAAGCAAUGCCUACGGACACGACGACACCAAUGUUCAGCUUAUUAUGCAAGAGCCACCGGAUGCGCCGUCAGAUCUUAAGAUUGUAGAACACGACGGAAGAUCUGCCCGAACAGCUUGGGCUCCACCCUAUAGUGGGAACAGUCCUAUUAUUCAUUAUAUGAUUCAAUACAAACUGGACACCGAUAAAUGGACAACUCGUACGCCUAACAUAACAGUAUCGGCAUCGGAAACAACAGUACUGAUCGGUGGUUUGCGUCCCAUUACCAGCUAUCAGAUUAGGGUGUUUGCCAUUAACGGUCUCGGAAAGAGUGAGCCCAGUCAAGUGAUUUCACUUAAGACUAUUGAAGAAACACCAGGCGGUCCACCGCUACAUAUCAAAGCCAUACCUCUCAGCUCAAAGUCAAUUAAGGUGAGUUGGAAGCCUCCGAGGAAAGACCUACAAUACGGAACAAUAAGAGGUUAUUAUGUCGGAUACAAAAUAUCGGAUUCAACCACUGAUUCCGAUUCAUCUCAAACUUCAACCAAAGAUUUUAUUUUCAAAACAUUGGACGUAAAGAAUGAUGAAAUUGUUGAGGAAUGUACUGUCAAUGAAUUGAGUCGAUCCACAAAAUACCAGAUUAUAGUUCAGUCUUAYAAUAGUAAAGGCGCCGGACCUCCAUCUGAGGCCACGUUUGUUAAGACUUUGGAAAUGGAUCCUCCGUCGACACCGAGUCUACGUGUGGUGAGCGCCACAACCAACUCAAUACAGCUCUCGUGGAUUAUGACUGCCGACGACUCGACCCCAAUCACCGGAUUUAUUUUAUAUCACAAACGAGAGUCACAGGAUUGGGAUGAACUAAGAUUAGCCGACACUAAGACCUACGCUCACCAAUGGCUCAAAUGUGGCACAAGAUAUCAAUACUACAUAAUUGCCUACAACUCUAUCGGCAAAAGCGAUGCCUCAAGUAUUGUGUCGGCAAAGACUGACGGCUCAACACCGGUAGCACCCGAUAAGAACUCAUUGCUCAGCGUUAACACCACUACUGCCAUCAUAUACUUGGAUGCCUUUCACGAUGGUGGGUGUCCGGUAACAAACUUUGAAGUGAUGUACAAAUCACAAAAAAGUCGUAAAUGGAUAUCACUAUCGAACCGGGCUUUUACCGAUCAAAAACAGAUUGUAUUAAGCGAUUUGAUGCCAUCGACUUCGUAUGACAUUAAGAUAACAUCAUUCAAUGAGGCCGGAAGUACUGAAGCCCAGUACACAUUUGCCACUAAUUCCAUUCAAUUGCAAGACGAUGAACCGGGAGUAUUGUCAAGCAGUAAGUCUGCACCGUCUGUGCCCUUCUAUGCCGAUGUUCUGGUAGUCGUCCCCUCAAUAGUAUCGUUAGUUGUUGUGAUAGUACUCUUAUCGCUGGUUUAUGUGAUAUUUACGCGAAAGCCAAGACAUGGAUCUAAUAUAUACUCAAAUUAUAGUCCAAACAAAGUGUCGCAUCAGGACUGUACAGAAAGUGUCAAUUUGACGGAACUGGACGCCAGUCAUGUAAAGAAAAUGUCACUGCCUUUGGAGGACGUCUGCACUCAAGGCAUGGCAGCUCACUAUCCUGUGCCGUACGCUAUGACCAAAAUGGGUGAUAAUGAAGAACGAGUGCCACUAAACUCGAUGUCACGCCAGUCGCCACUUAAAUCGUACAAUGCAGAUCACGACGCUAUAUACGCAACCGUUAAGCGGACACCCCGUCAGCUCCGGUCUGAUGUUCAUAUAUAUCAAUAUCCGACAACUGUACAACAAGAGACCAGUUGUGAUACCGAGUCCUCAAAUGUUGGACAUCACUGGAGGACAUCAGUUGUACGGUUUGAGAGUGAACCGCAAACCGUUAAACUAUUUGCCGCUAACUCACAAAGCGGUUUAAUUUAUGACCGAACCGGCGGUCAAAUGAGUGGUCAACUAAGUGGUCAAAUGAGAUCUAGUCAUCACUAUAAAUGA